AUGGACGUGCCUAAACACCGUUCCGGUCGAUCAACGUCCCUCAGGGAUGCCACCGACUCCUCCAAGAUGGAAGGCACCGGCAGCUGGGACGCCCUCGAAUGGACUAAGAUUGAGCCGGUUUCGCGAUUCGUCUCGCAUACGAAUCUUGAUUUCUUGCUUGAGGCGGAGCAUGUUAUUGCCGAAGGACAUGGUGUUGUUCUUGUUAAUACAGAUGAUGCAGGCAUGUUGAUGAUAACAAAUUUUCGUCUUCUUUUUCUGAGUGAGGGAACUCGAAAAGUUAUUGCCCUUGGAACAAUACCACAUGCAACCAUUGAGAAGUUUAACAAGACAGUUGCAAGGACUCAAUCAAAUGCUCGCCAACUCGAGAAGACACCACCUCAAAGAUUGCUCCAGGUGAUUGGCAAAGAUAUGAGAAUUAUAGUCUUUGGUUUCAGACCUCGUACAAAACAGAGACGUAUAAUAUUUGAUGCACUACGAAGGUGUACAAAACCAGCAACGUUAUGGGAUCUUUAUGCUUUUGUUUGUGGACCUUCUAGGUUUAAGAACACAAAUCCACAAGUGCGCUUAUUGGAUGAGUAUUUUCGACUUAUUGGCAAAGGUGCUCGUGCAUCAACUGAUAUGAUUGAAAGUGGGUCCUUCACCUUGUCAAAUGACUUAUGGAGAAUAAGUAGCAUAAACUCCAACUAUAAAAUGUGUCCGAGUUAUCCAUUUGCUUUGGUUGUUCCCAAGAUCAUUAGUGAUGAUGAAGUUCUCUUGGCUUCCAACUUUCGUGCAAGGGGUCGGCUGCCUGUAGUUUCAUGGUGUCAUCUUGGUACUGGUGCAGUUCUUGCACGUUCAUCCCAACCCUUAGUUGGUCUGAUGAUGAAUAUGAGGAGCAACAUGGAUGAAAAACUCGUGGCUGCACUUUGCAGCAAACUUGAUGAUGGCUCACGGAGAAAGCUAUAUAUUGCUGAUGCAAGGCCUAGGAAAAAUGCAUUAGCUAAUGGAGCCAUGGGUGGUGGCUCAGAAUCAUCAUCAAACUAUUUUCAGUCAGAGAUAGUCUUUUUUGGGAUAGACAACAUCCAUGCAAUGAGAGACAGCUUUGCUCGGCUCAGAGAAUAUUUGGACACUCAUGGAAGAGCCUCAUCAGAUGGAAUGUCAUCAUUUUUGAGACAUGGUGGGUCAACGUGGGGUGGAGGAAACUUAAGUAGCAUGUCUGCUUCAGUGUCAACCCUUGGGGACAGUGGAUGGUUACUGCAUGUUCAAAAUGUUUUGGCUGGUUCAGCUUGGAUUGCUGCUCGUAUUGCUAUGGAAAAGGCUUCUGUUCUUGUGCAUUGCAGCGAUGGUUGGGAUAGAACAAGUCAGUUGGUUGCACUUGCUAAUUUGUUGCUUGAUCCAUAUUAUCGGACAUUCAAUGGGUUUCAGGCACUUGUUGAAAAAGAUUGGCUAGCAUUUGGUCAUCCAUUUUGUGAUCGUGUGGGAUUGCCAGCUUUCUCUGGAAGUGAGUUAACUAGGCAGCCUUCAUCUAGCAAUUUUGCAGCAUCACCUGGACGGCAGCCAUCAGGAGCAUUUACAUCUCCGUCGUCUUCUCAUGCACAAACUUCUAACAACUACUCUCCCAUCUUUUUGCAGUGGGUUGAUUGUGUUUCUCAAUUGUUGCGGAUGUAUCCCUUUGCUUUUGAGUUUUCUGCGGCUUUUCUAGUGGACUUCUUAGACAGCAUGCUUUCAUGUCGUUUUGGAAAUUUCUUAUGUAAUAGUGAGAAGGAGAGGCUACAAUGCAAUAUUUCUGAAACUUGUGGAUGUAUGUGGGUAUACUUGGCUGAUUUGCGUGCUUUAGAAGGAGGUUCCCAUGUACAUUAUAAUCCUUUCUAUGACCCACUGAAGCACAAUGGUCCUCUUCUGCCCCCAGCAGCAGCAUUAGCCCCAACAUUAUGGCCCCAAUUCCACCUUCGUUGGGCCUGCCCUGAAGAAGCACAAGCUGGGGAGAUUGAAGCAAAAUGUAGGAAGAUAAUCACGAAAUACACCGAGUUGCAGAAGGCCAAAGAAGUGGCAGAACGUAAAUCAAAAGAAAUUUCAAAUGCCAUGGAAUCACUGAACGCAGAAUUACAAAAUUUGAAGCAGCAAAACAGCUCAGCUAUGAAUAUGGCCAACAGGGCAAACAAAGAAAACAUGUCUAUAAAGCGUGCAAUUCAGUCAAUUGGGUGCAAGGUUCACUUCUCCAAUACUGGAGAUUGCAUUGUGGACAUUGAAAGUAAUCCAUUGGGAACAGCACAAAACUUCUUAUAUUGCUCCAAGAAAGGAUCAGAUGGUAUCACGCUUGAUGAUGAAAAGGAUCUGGCUGUUGCAGUAACAGUUACAGCCGAUGAUGACGACAAUGAUGAGAACAGCCCUAUCGGUCGUGUAUGUGAGAAUCUAUGCCCGUUUCGCUCUGCAGAUGGAGGCUGCAGAUGGCCCAAUGGUCGUUGUGCUCAACUAAGCAGCCAGUUCGUUGGUCUUAGGGCAAAUUUUGAUGCAUUUGACAAACUCUCCAUUGAUGAUAGUUAUUUCAAGCCUGAGUGAAAAUAGUAGUUCUCACUUUCUAAUUCCUAUACUAGAAAACACCAAUAGUAGGCAGCCACAUCAACCAAUUUUGGUUUCUUUCUACAAUGAGAAUAGUUGAUAGUUCUUGAAUUUUAAAUACUCCUUGGGGAGAAAGAAAUGUGGACCCGGUCAUUUUUAUUGGGUUCCGGUAACUGUACAGCCUAUGAAGAGUUGGGUGGAGACCAUCUUGGUGCUGGCAUUCACUAAGCUUCAACAAUGGUAGGUGUGUUGGAUUGAUGUGCAUCAUGGUGGUCCUCAUUAUAUUAUAUAUUAUAUGCAUAUGCAUAUGUAUAAUUGUAGAUUCAGUGGCAGAUAUAGCCACUGAUCACAUUUUAUAGUUUAAUAAACUCAGUUUUGUACAGAUGAUUCAAGUUUUUCCUAGUUUAGCAUUUCUUGAGAGAUCGAUGUAUAGCAAGAAUAAGAUGUUGCCAUAUAUUUUAUGAAGUAGAUCGAUUGAUCUUUACAUGUC